UCGAGUAAUCUUACUCCAAUAUCGAAUUUCCACAUCAACUUCCAAAUAAUAUCACAGCAGCUUCCAAAUAAAGUAAACUAAAAGCUUAUUUUCCAAUUGAAUAAAUACAUCAAAGAAAGAAAGAAAGAAAUCACCAGUCUCAGUCUGUAGCUGUACUAGAUAGAGUCAAUGGACGCCAGAACGCAACCACCACUGCCGCAGCGACCGCCGCCGGAACCACUUCGCCAACAAGGAAGUGUAGACUGCACCGCUAUUGUCACCGUCCUCUUUACCUUAAUUGUCAUCUUCUCCAUGGUUCUGAUUCCAUCUUCAUCACCAAACUUAAAGAACAGCUUAACAAUCUUGCAUCAAGUUCCCGAAGGUCAUGUUGGGGUUUACUGGCUAGGCGGCGCUCUCCAAGAGACAACUACAACCCCAGGUUUUCAUCUGAAACUACCUCUGAUAACUCACUACGAGCCCGUCCAGGUCACCCUUCAGACAGAUCUGGUGAGGGAUAUCCCCUGUGGAACAAAAGGUGGUGUUAUGAUCAACUUUGACAGGAUAGAGGUUGUUAACCGCCUUAAAAAGGAAGCUGUUUAUGAGACCCUUCUCAAUUAUGGUGUACAGUAUGACCAUACUUGGAUAUACGACAAAAUCCAUCACGAGAUUAAUCAAUUCUGUAGUGUUCACUCACUUCAAGAAGUUUAUAUUGACAUGUUUGAUCAGAUUGAUGAAACAAUGAAAGAUGCUCUUCAAGCUGAUUGUACACGUUAUGCACCAGGCAUUGAAGUUAUUAGUGUCCGUGUCACAAAGCCUAGAAUCCCAGAGAGUGUAAGGCGGAAUUUUGAACAGAUGGAAGAAGAACGCACCAAGGUGUUGGUAGCAGUAGAAAGGCAGAGGGUUGCUGAGAAGGAAGCAGAAACACAAAAGAAGAUAGCUAUUACAGAAGCCGAGAAGAAUGCUUUUGUCAGCAAGAUUGUAAUGGAACAAAAGUUGAUGGAAAAAGACAGUUUGAGAAUGCAAGAAGAAAUUGAGAAUGCGAUGUACAUUGCUCGAGAAAAGAGCUUAGCUGAUGCCAAAUACUACCAGACAUUGAAAGAGGCUGAAGCAAAUAAGUUGAAACUCACACCCCAAUUUCUGGAGCUGAAAUUUAUCGAGGCGAUUUCCAACAACACCAAAAUGUUCUUUGGAAACAAGAUACCGAAUAUGGUGAUGGAUCAAAGGCUACUUGGGAACUUUUUGCGAGAUUUGGAAGGAAGAAAGAACCUGGAAGCAUAGCUUGUGAUUUAGUUACUCUUUUUAAAUGCUUGAUGAUAUAGAUACGAUGACACUGGAAAGUUAACGGAUCAGAAAGCAAAACUAUAUGUGAAUGCAACUUUAUUUUCAACUGUAUUUGUUCGUUUGGAUGAUGUUGUGGGGAUAGGUUUUUAUUUUUACUUUUUCCUAAUGCUUUCUUUGCUUCUUGA